GCAGUGAUCAGAUUGACCUGCUCCUGCCACACCUGUGUCUAUGUGUGUACUGUAUGUGAUCAGACAGACUGUGAUCGGGUCGGAUCUGACACUCGUGAUUCUCAUGUAAACAUUGACGAGAGUACCAGGUGAGAUUUUACUCUUAUCUUCGCUUUUAAAGAGUUCGUGUGUAAGAAGUGUCGGGUGUAAUAGUUCAUACAUGUCGUUUAGAAUGUGAGAUGCUCUAAAAUCAUUUUGUGUUAACACUUUGAAUUUAAAGUGAAAAUAUUCAACAGUGGAACAUUAAACAGAUGUGAUACAGUGUGUUUACUUCGGUUAUUUCUCUUAUAAUGUCUGAGGUCAGAAUUCGGGUUAAACAGGUGUAACAGCAUUACACAAAUCUCUCCCUCUCUCUCUCUCUGUCUGUCUCUCUCUCUCUCAUUGUCUGGAGUGAAAGGCAAACACUGAGUCAUACAUGAGAAAUCUCUGCACUCAUAAACCCGACUAUAAACAACUUUAUAUUGAUUUAUUCAGUUUGAAAUGGUAAAAACAUUAAAUUCGGGGAAAUAUUAUUUUAUUCGUUUAAUGUUUUAAAAUUAUUCCUAAAAAUAAAAAAUUGCCAUUGAAUAAUUGUUUUUGGUUCCCCGGAAAAUCUUUCAGUCAAGGAUUCUCACAAGAUCCAUUUCUUUCUUUGGUUUUUAUAGUCUGAUGAACUUUUUCCACUUUUGUGCAACAGAAAUCUUCUGUGGAUGUUUCUUUAUUUAGAUUUAGAUUUAGAUUCAAUUUUAUUGUCAUUGCACAUGUAUGAAGGUACAAGGCAACGAAAUGUGACCUCUGCAUUUAACCCAUCCAGAGAGUAGUGACCACACGUACCCCCGGAGCAGUGGGCAGCUAUCACUGCAGCGCCCGGGGAGCAAGUAGGGGUAAGGUGCCUUGCUCAAGGGCACCUCAGUCGUUACCCGCCGGCCCUGGGAAUCGAACCGGCAACCUUCUGGUCAUGAGUCCGACUCUCUAACCAUUAGGCCUGCCCAAAUGGAACCCAUUAUGGUAGACAAAGACAGUUUUAAUGAGUGUACCAACAUAUAUCUUUCUCUCCAUGUUCAGGGUUUUAUGCUGCAGAUCAAGAGUGUUCAUGUACAAUAAAAAUGGGCUGGGUGUGUUUUUAAAGUCUGUAAUUUCAUAACCACCGACAUGAGAACAAACACAUGAUAGAUGCACUCAGGAACAGAUCAGUAAUCCAGUUCACAAACUAAAAUGACAGACGCACUCGGUUUUCAACCUCAAUCAACUGAAGAGACCAGCGAUCCUCAGAGGUCUGAUGGAGAUCUGCUGGAGUCUGACAGUCUGCAGGGGCUCCAGAUGCGAGGAACAGAGAACAGCUCACCUGAGGGAUGGACGUCCGGCCGAGAGCAGGAGAGAGAGAGAUGGACGGAUGUGGAGGACAAGAGGAAUGAUGAUGAUGAUGAAGGAGGAGGAGGUCUGUUAAAGGAGGAAGACGAUGGCUCACUGGCUGAUGAUGAAGAUGAUGGUGAUGAUGACAAUGACAUCAUCCAGGUGACGUGGAUGUCAGAGAAAGCGAGACAGGCCUUCACUCCAAACGUCACGAUAGUGAAACUGACAGGACAUCAGGAGGACCUGAAUGAAAACAGUGUGAUGAAAGAGGAGAUGGAGAAAGUGCCUCUACAUCCACAAACCUUUCACACGAGCCAAUCAGAACGCUUCCAUCCGCAGUGGAUUGAUGAGAUCGACAAGCCCAGAGACAGUGGCUGUGGAGAGACGGUGAGGUUGUGUGUGUUUGUGUCGGCCGCUGCAGUGAUGUUUCCAUUAAUGACGUGGGGCGGUUACGAGCUGUUGCCCUUUAAUCCCCCUGCUCUCGACAGCGCCCCCCUCAGGCUGAUCUACACACUGCGCAGUGCUUUCUUUGCAUCUAUUCCUAUAGUUUUGGGCGUGUUGGUUCAGGGUGUGUCUCGUCUGAAGUUCGGCUCCGUGAAUCCUCUGUUUGACGGGACGUGGAAGAAUCGUGAGGUGUCUGUACACGGUCACUACGUCAGAGACUCGCUCCAUCUCUACCUGCUCUAUUUCCUGCAGCUUGCUGUCAUGGCAACGUACGCCCAACAGGAAGUGCUGAAACUGGUUCCUGUCCUCACCAUCAUAUUUGUGUUUGGCAGAGUGAUUUAUUGGGUGUGUGCUGUGUUCGGGAGCAGCGGUCGAGCGUUGGGUUUCGGCCUCUCUUUCCUGCCGCUUCUUCCUCUGCUGGGCGCAAACAUUUACUUCAUCUGCUCAACUGAGGGGCGGGGGGUGGUGUUUGAUGUCGCCCCGCCCACCACAGCCCCGCCCCCAAAACUAAGAUGGUGGGGGUGAACGCAAAUAUGCAAACACACGGAGCGCAUGGAGAAUCAGACUGAAGACUUUCAGACUUCAAACUUUACUCAGUUAGUACGCUGAAGCUCACGUCAAAAGAAAGAGAUCAAAAAUCUGAUGUUGCACAGAAGUCAAAGGUUUGGACGCAUUAUGAAAAAGAGUUUUUAGGGUGAUUGAGCGGAAAGUCUCUUUCAAAUAUCUAUAAUGCCAAAUAUAAUUGCUCAUUUCUUUCUCUUGAUGAGAUGAAAUAUAGUCUGAAGUACAUUGAGAAGUCAUUUGCUUUGUCUUACAGAGAACAGUAUUUUGAUGGUUAAUGUUCCAGACGUUCCAUUUGUUUACGAUGUUGUUGUUCUUUUGUGGCAUCAUUAUAAUUGUUAACAGCACAAUGAUUUGUUAUAUCAUUAAUGUGUUUUCUGAUGUUUGCCAAUGCAGUGUUGUGUGUUUCAGCGGUUGGAUUUUAUUCUGUGUCCUGAUGAAUCAUUUCAAAUGUG